AUGGUGAGGCUCACGGCGGACCUGAUCCAAAGCUCCCUCUCGUACCUCAACCCGCUCAACGAGAGGGAGCUUGACCUCCGAGGUCACAGGAUACCGACCAUUGAGAACCUUGGUGUCGCGGGCCCACAAGACGCGAUCGACUUCACCGACAAUGACAUCCAAAUCCUCGGCAACUUCCCGCUGUCCCCGCGGAUACAGACGCUCCUGCUGGCGCGCAACCGCAUCUCCACGAUCCAGCCCAACCUGCCGAACGCGAUUCCCAACCUGAAGAACCUGGUGCUGGCCUCGAAUCAGAUGGUCGAGCUGUCGGAUCUGGAUGUGCUGGGCAAGUUUGCACGCCUGACGCAACUGGUGUUGGCCGACAACCCUGUCACGAAGAAGGAGCACUACCGGUAUUGGGUGGUUUGGCGAUGUCCCACGGUGCGGUUCCUCGACUACCAGAAGGUCAAGCAGGCAGAGCGGGAGAAGGCUACUGAGCUGUUUGGCACGGCAGAGGAGCCCACAGAGCUGGCUUCAAAGAUCAAGGGCAUCAAGUCUCAGACAUUCAAUGUCUCUACGAGCAACGGCGAGGCUACGGCCGCAUCGAAGAUGAAGCGCCUGAAGCUCACGGAUAAGGAGAAGCAGAGGCUACAGGAGAGGAUCAAGAAGGCCAGCAGCUUGGAGGAGAUCAUACGGUUGGAGAAGGAGCUGGAGGAGGGUCGGUUGCCCGCUGGCAUCUUGGCCGACGAUGCCAUGGAGGAGUAG